CCGUGAGACUCAUACUCCCGCUAUACUCGCUGGUAGCAGCUCUAUCGUGCCUUAGUGAUUUCUGUGCCCUACCACACAGCGACAGACAUUACGCCGACACUCGCCAUGGCGUCAACUUACGAAGUGAACAUUGAGGACGUGGAGCCUAUGUCCCGCACGUACCAGUACCGCAAGGUGAUGAAGCCCAUGCUCGAGAGGAAGCGAAGGGCGCGCAUCAACAAGUGCCUCGACGAACUCAAGGACCUGAUGGUGGGCGCCCUGCAGUCCGAGGGCGAGACCAUCACCAAGUUGGAAAAAGCAGACGUCCUGGAACUGACAGUUCGCCACCUGCGCAAGCUCAAGCAGCAUCACGCCCUCGCCCUUCCCUCCCACAACAACUCCCACGACAAGUUCCGCGCGGGAUUUACCCACUGUGCCAACGAAGUGUCUCGAUUCGUGACCUCCGUCCCCGGAGUCGACAUGCACGUCUCCACCAGGCUGCUCUCCCACCUGGGAAGCUGCAUCAACCAGAUCGACAAGAUCUCCACCCCGCAGCCUCCUCCAGCGGCAGCCGCACCGCCCCCGGCAGCGGCGGCGCCCAUGACUCCCUCGACCACGCCCGCGAACAUGGUGCCCAUCACAGUGACAGUGCCCAGAGUUUACACCCCGCCCGCAAGCCCGGAGUCCAAACCCGCCCUUCCCAUCAUUGUGUCUCCGCAGCCCACGGCCGUCAGCCCCAAGCCCACCGGCACCACGCCCCAGCAGCCCGUUCCCGUCGUGGGCGGACGAGUGGGCGUCCCUGCAGGAAGCCCCGUGUGGCGGCCCUGGUAAAAGGACACUCGACACCUGACGGUGCUGGUCGCACCUCCUUAACGUACCUGAAGCGGCGUGCCCCCCGCCCCCUGCAGUGCCUUCACUUGUAUAAUUUAAAUGUAAAUUAAUAUAAUACUGUGCACUAUAUUCUGUAGAGAGAAAACAUGAACUAUUUUUUAGAAGCUCUGUAAAAGCAGAAAUAAUCUAUAGAAGAAGAAAACGAAGGGCCGUCUUGCGCCUGCGCUGUGAUAGAACACUGUGAUAUUUGUCUUUCAAAACAAAGCCAAUACUAAAUACAUAAAAAAACUAUUUAUUUUUUGUUAUGUUGUUAAUAAAAACAGUUCCGAACUUUA